AUGUUUUACUGGGAUGACGAAGUAGUACUUCAGUGUGUUGCCAGUAUUCACAAAGAACAAAGGAAGUUUUGCUUGGCAGCUGAGGGACUUGGGAAUCGCCUGUGCUUUUUGGAACCAACAUCAGAAGCUAAAUAUGUUCCUCCGGACCUUUGCAUCUGUAAUUUUGUCCUUGAACAGUCCCUAUCUGUCAGAGCCCUUCAAGAAAUGCUGACCAACACAGGUGAUAAUGCUAGUGAAGGGGCAGCUCAAGGGGGUGGUCACAGAACCCUGCUGUAUGGCCACGCUGUACUACUACGACAUUCGUUUAGUGAAAUGUAUUUGACGUGUUUAACAUCAUCAAGAUCCCAGACUGAUAAACUUGCAUUUGAUGUGGGACUACGAGAAAAUGCAGCAGGUGAGGCAUGCUGGUGGACGAUACACCCUGCUUCUAAACAAAGGUCAGAAGGAGAAAAGGUUCGAAUAGGUGAUGAUCUUAUCCUGGUCAGUGUGUCCUCUGAAAGAUACCUGCAUCUCUCCAUGUCAAAUGGAAGUAUUCAGGUGGAUGCCUCCUUUAUGCAGACGCUAUGGAAUGUACAUCCUACAUGCUCAGGAAGCAAUAUUGCAGAAGGAUAUCUUCUUGGUGGGCAUGUAGUACGUUUUUUCCAUGGCCAUGAUGAGUGUUUGACAAUUCCAUCUACAGAUCAGAAUGAUUCACAGCACAAGAAAGUACUUUAUGAAACUGGAGGAGCUGGUGUUCGAGCAAGGUCUUUGUGGAGAGUAGAACCCCUUCGAAUAAGCUGGAGUGGAAGUAAUAUCAGAUGGGGACAGCCUUUCCGUCUUCGACACAUUACAACAGGAAGGUACUUGGCUCUGAAUGAAGAUGAAGGACUUGCAAUGUUAGACAGAGAAAAGUCAGACACAACAUCCACUGCCUUUUGUUUUAGAGCAUCAAAGGAGCUAAAAGAAAAGCAGGAUUCUAGUCUUAAACGUGACAUUGAUGGAAUGGGCGUCCCAGAAAUAAAGUACGGUGAUUCGAUCUGUUUUGUCCAGCAUGUGGCCAGUGCCUUAUGGUUGACUUACAAAGCACAAGAUGCUAAAUCAGCACGUUUAGGUCCCUUGAAAAGAAAGGUUAUAUUACACCAAGAAGGCCAUAUGGAUGAUGGUCUAACCUUACAAAGAUGUCAGAAUGAGGAAUCCCAGGCUGCUCGAAUCAUUCGCAACACUACAAGCUUAUUCAGCCAAUUUAUAAGUGGAAACAACAGAACACUAUCACUCACUGUCCUGCCUGUUGAGGAGAUGGCUCAGACUCUGCAAGACCUCAUUACUUACUUCCAGCUUCCCGAAGAAGACCUUGAACAUGAAGAUAAGCAAAGCAAGCUUCGGUCACUCAAAAACAGACAAAAUCUAUUCAAAGAAGAGGGAAUGCUGGCAUUAGUUCUGAAUUGCAUUGAUCGCCUAAAUGACUACAACAGCGCAGCUCAUUUCGCAGGAAUUUCAAGAGAAGAACAUGGUACAGCAUGGAAACAAAUUUUGAAUCUCCUUUACAAAUUGUUAGCUGCUCUCAUUCGUGGCAACAGAAACAAUUGUACUCAGUUUUCCAGUAACCUCGAUUGGCUAAUAAGCAAAUUGGACAGAUUAGAAUCUUCCUCAGGUAUUCUGGAAGUGUUGCACUGCAUCUUGAUUGAAAGCCCAGAAGCUUUAAAUAUAAUAGCUGAGGACCACAUCAAAUCCAUUAUUUCAUUGUUGGAUAAACAUGGGCGUAAUUACAAGGUUCUCGACGUGCUUUGCUCUCUCUGUGUCUGUAAUGGAGUUGCAGUUCGUGCCAAUCAAAAUCUGAUCUGUGACAAUCUACUCCCUAGAAGAGAUUUACUCUUGCAAACACGUUUGAUUAAUGAUGUGACAAGCAUAAGGCCAAACAUAUUUUUGGGUGUUGCGGAGGGCUCUGCACAAUACAAGAAGUGGUACUUCGAGUUAAUAAUUGACCAAGUUGAUCCAUUCUUGACGGCAGAACCCACCCAUUUACGAGUUGGAUGGGCUUCUACUUCAGGUUAUGCCCCCUAUCCUGGAGGUGGGGAAGGAUGGGGAGGCAAUGGUGUUGGUGAUGACCUGUACUCUUAUGGUUUUGAUGGUCUUCAUCUGUGGUCUGGUCGAGUAUCCCGAGCUGUAGCAUCUGUCAAUCAGCAUUUAUUAGCAUCUGAUGAUGUGGUUAGCUGCUGCUUGGAUUUAGGUGUACCCAGCAUUUCAUUCCGCAUUAAUGGACAGCCUGUGCAAGGAAUGUUUGAGAACUUCGGUACAGAAGGGUUUUUCUUCCCUGUUGUAAGCUUAUCAGCAGGUGUAAAGGUUCGCUUCUUAUUGGGUGGACGUCAUGGAGAGUUUAAAUUUCUACCUCCUGCUGGCUAUGCUCCCUGUUAUGAAGCGUUGCUUCCAAAAGAGAAGAUGAAACUGGAACCAGUGAAAGAAUAUAAGAGAGAUUCUGAUGGAGUGAGGGAUUUGCUGGGUACAACACAAUUCCUGUCCCAAGCUUCCUUUAUCCCUUGUCCAAUAGACACCACUCAGAUUGCUCUUCCUUUUCAUCUUGAAAAGAUCAGGGACAAGCUAGCUGAAAAUAUCCAUGAACUGUGGGGAAUGAAUAAAAUAGAACUGGGCUGGACGUAUGGCAAGAUACGGGAUGAUAAUAAAAGGCAUCAUCCUUGUCUUGUGGAAUUCUCAAAAUUACCUGAGACAGAGAAGAAUUAUAAUCUACAAAUGUCAACUGAAACCCUCAAAACCCUUUUGGCCCUUGGAUGCCACAUUGUUCAUGCUCACCCAGCCGCUGAGGAAGAUCUUAAAAAAGUCAAACUUCCUAAAAAUUACAUGAUGUCAAAUGGAUAUAAACCUGCCCCUCUUGAUCUUUCUGAAGUGAAAUUGUUACCUUCUCAAGAAUUUCUAGUUGACAGACUAGCAGAAAAUGCACAUAAUGUCUGGGCAAAAGACAGAAUAAAGCAAGGAUGGACCUAUGGCAUUCAACAGGAUCUUAAGAACAAACGUAAUCCUCGGCUAGUGCCAUAUGCAUUAUUAGAUGAACGUACUAAAAAAUCAAACAGAGAUAGCCUCCGUGAAGCUGUUAGAACAUUUGCGGGCUAUGGUUAUAAUAUUGAGCCACCUGACCAAGAGAUAGCUGACCAAACAGUGGAAAAAGUCAGCAUUGACAAGAUACGAUUUUUCAGAGUAGAACAGUCUUAUGCAGUGAAGUCUGGAAAGUGGUACUUUGAAUUUGAAGCUGUGACGGGUGGAGAUAUGCGUGUUGGCUGGGCCAGGCCAGGCUGUCGACCUGACGUAGAGUUGGGAGCUGAUGACCAAGCAUUUGUAUUCGAAGGAAGCAAAGGCCAGCGUUGGCAUCAAGGCAGUGGAUUCUUUGGACGAAGCUGGCAACCAGGAGACGUGGUUGGUUGUAUGAUAAACUUGGAUGACAAAUCAAUUAUCUUUACUCUGAAUGGAGAGCUGCUCAUAACCAGUAAAGGUUCAGAACUCGCAUUUGCUGACUUUGGAAUAGAAAGUGGUUUUGUUCCGAUUUGUGCACUGGGUCUAUCUCAGAUUGGUCGUAUGAACCUUGGAAUGGAUGCCAGUACAUUCAAAUAUUAUACAAUGUGUGGCCUUCAAGAAGGUUUUGAACCUUUUGCUGUCAACAUGAACCGGGAUGUUGCUAUGUGGUUUAGCAAACGCUUACCAACAUUUGUCAAUGUGCCAAAAAAUCAUCCUCACGUUGAGAUAUGGAGAAUUGAUGGAACUAUUGAGAGUCCACCUCGGUUAAAAGUUACUCACAAAACAUUCGGCACACAGAACAGCAAUUCAGACAUGAUAUAUUGUCGUUUGAGUAUGCCCAUUGAGUUCCGCUCAUCUUUCAGCUUUGGCAUGGGUGUGGAAAAUGCCUCAUCUGAUGCUUUCCAAAAACGAAAGCACAGCCAAGAAAUUGCUGCUCCUUCUACUACAUAUUUUUAUUCACUACGGAUAUUUGCUGGCCAAGACGCGUCCUCUGUCUGGGUUGGUUGGGUAACACCAGACUAUCAUUUUUAUAGUGAGAAUUUUGACCUAAAUAAAAAUUGUACGGUGACAGUUACUUUAGGUGAUGAAAGAGGCAGGGUUCAUGAAAGUGUGAAGCGUAGCAAUUGCUAUAUGGUUUGGGGAGGAGAUGUAAUUGCUAAUUCCCAGAGAUCAGGUCGCAGUAAUGUUGAUUUAGAAAUUGGAUGCUUUGUUGACCUGGCUACUGGAAUGUUGUCAUUCACAGCCAAUGGAAAAGAGCUUGGCACUUGCUACCAGGUUGAACCAAACACAAAACUUUUUCCAGCAACUUUUGUACAGCCUACAAGCACUAACUUGAUUCAGUUUGAACUUGGUAAAUUAAAGAAUACCAUGCCUUUAUCAGCAGCAAUUUUUAAAAGUGAAGAAAGAAAUCCUGUUCCUCAGUGUCCUCCUCGCCUUGAUGUGCAAACCAUUACACCUGUUUUAUGGAGCAGGAUGCCAAACAGCUUUCUAAAAGUAGAAACUGAGCGUGUCAGUGAACGUCAUGGCUGGGUUGUGCAAUGUUUGGAGCCUCUGCAGAUGAUGGCACUUCAUAUCCCAGAGGAAAACAGAUGCGUUGAUAUUUUGGAACUAUGUGAACAAGAAGAUUUGAUGAAGUUUCACUACCACACUUUAAAACUCUAUAGCUCAGUUAGUGCUCUAGGUAACACUAGAGUUGCUUAUGCACUUUGUAGCCAUGUGGAUGUAUCUCAGCUAUUUUAUACUAUAGAUAAUCGAUACUUACCUGGACUCCUACGUUCUGGAUUCUAUGACUUGCUGAUUAGUAUUCAUUUGGAGCAUGCCAAGCAAGCCAAGCUCAUGAUGAACAAUGAAUUUAUCAUUCCGGUUACAGAUGAAACUCGAACUAUUAAAUUAUAUCCUGAUGAAACAAAGAAGCAUGGUUUACCUGGAGUAGGGCUUAGCACUUGCCUGAAACCAGGCUUUAAUUUUUCUACUCCAUGCUUUAUUGUGACCAGUGAAGAACGACAGACAUCCAGCCCAGAGAUACCCCUUGAUAUACUUAAAUCCAAGGCCAUAAGUAUGCUAACAGAGGCAGUACAGUGUAGUGGUACUCAUAUACGAGACCCUGUUGGAGGACAGGUUGCGUUCCAGUUCGUUCCUGUUCUUAAACUUAUAGCAACAUUGCUCAUAAUGGGGGUUUUUGAUGAUGAUAAUGUGAAGCAGGUGUUACUCCUCAUCGACCCCAACGUGUUUGGAGAUCACAAGGAAGAAACAGAAGAGAGGACAGAGAAGGAAGAAGUUACACAAGUUGAAGAAAAAGCUGUAGAAGCUGGGGAAAAAGCAAUAAGAGAAACAAAAGCUCCUGCAAAGGGCUUAUUGCAGACAAGAUUACCAGAAUCUGUUAAGCUUCAGAUGUGCCAUUUACUCAAUUAUUUCUGUGACUGUGAGCUGCAACAUAGAGUGGAAGCAAUUGUAUCAUUUGCAGACUGUUAUGUAUCAAAAUUGCAAUAUAAUCAGAAAUACAGGUACAAUGAACUCAUGCAAGCCUUGAACAUGUCUGCUGCUUUGACUGCCAAGAAGACUAAAGAAUUUCGUUCUCCUCCUCAAGAACAGAUUAAUAUGUUGCUGAAUUUUCAACUGGGAGAGGAUUGUCCCUGUCCAGAGGAGAUUCGAGAUGAGUUGUAUGAAUUUCAUGAUGAUCUUCUAAUUCACUGUGGUAUUCCACUAGAAGAGGAGGAAGAGGAAGAGGAAGAUUCCUCCUUGACUGGCAAACUCCGUUCAUUAAUGUACAAAAUCAAAGGUCCGCCAAAAGCAGAAAAAGUAGAACCUAAGGAGGAAGAAGAGAAAUCUCCUACUACACUGAAAGAACUCAUAUCCCAGACUAUGGUACGCUGGUCCCAGGAAGAUCAAAUUCAAGAUCCCGAAUUAGUUCGGAUUAUGUACACCCUCCUUCGUAGGCAAUAUGACAGCAUUGGUGAGCUACUGCAAGCUCUGAGGAAAGCAUACACCAUUAGUGCUGCCUCUGUGAAGGAUACCAUUAAUCUGCUUGCAGCACUGGGCCAGAUUCGCUCACUUCUCAGUGUCAGGAUGGGAAAAGAGGAGGAAUUGCUAAUGAUUAAUGGAUUAGGGGAUAUAAUGAACAACAAGGUGUUUUAUCAGCAUCCUAACUUAAUGAGAGUCUUGGGCAUGCAUGAGACUGUCAUGGAUGUGAUGGUGAAUGUGCUUGGAGGAGAUAAAUCUCAGAUCGUUUUUCCUAAGAUGGUGGCAAGCUGUUGCAGAUUCCUGUGCUACUUCUGUCGAAUUAGUCGUCAAAACCAAAAGGCCAUGUUUGAGCAUCUAAGUUACUUACUGGAAAACAGCAGCGUUGGACUGGCAUUUCCUUCAAUGAGAGGUUCAACACCGCUAGAUGUUGCAGCAGCCUCUGUAAUGGACAAUAAUGAGCUUGCACUAGCGUUGGAGGAACCAGAUCUUGAUAAGGUUGUUACCUACCUGGCAGGUUGUGGCCUGCAGAGUUGUCCAGUGUUGCUGGCUAAAGGAUAUCCAGACAUUGGAUGGAAUCCAAUAGAGGGUGAACGUUACCUGUCAUUCUUAAGAUUUGCAGUUUUUGUUAACAGUGAAAGUGUUGAGGAAAACGCAAGUGUUGUUGUCAAGCUCCUUAUUCGACGGCCGGAGUGCUUUGGACCAGACCUUAGGGGAGAAGGAGGAAAUGGUUUGCUGGCAGCUAUGCAGGAAGCUAUCAGGAUCUCAGAGAAUCCUGCUCGUGACCUUCCCUCCCAGGCUUAUAAAAGAGAAGGUGAUGACGAUGAGGAGGAGAUUGUACACAUGGGCAAUGCAAUCAUGUCAUUUUACUCAGCUCUCAUAGAUUUACUUGGACGCUGUGCACCAGAAAUGCAUCUUAUUCAAAGUGGAAAAGGGGAAGCUAUUCGAAUCAGGUCAAUCCUUCGAUCUCUAGUGCCAACUGAAGAUUUGGUUGGGAUUAUAAGUAUACCACUAAAGCUGUCAACAGUCAACAAAGAUGGCACAGUAAAUGAGCCAGACAUGUCUGCAAAUUUCUGUCCUGAUCAUAAAGCACCCAUGGUACUCUUCUUGGACCGCGUCUAUGGUAUUAAGGACCAAAGCUUCCUCCUUCACCUACUGGAAGUUGGAUUUUUACCAGAUUUAAGAGCCUCUGCCUCCUUGGAUACAGUUUCUCUGAGUACCACAGAGGCAGCUCUCGCACUAAAUAGAUAUAUUUGCUCAGCUGUGUUUCCAUUACUCAAAAGAUGUGCUCCCCUCUUUUCCGGAACAGAGCAUCACGCCUCUCUUGUUGACUCCAUGCUUCACACAAUAUAUAGGUUAUCGAAGGGACGUUCCCUUACAAAAGCACAAAGGGAUACUAUUGAAGAAUGCCUGCUUGCUAUUUGCCACCACUUACGGCCCUCUAUGUUACAGCAGCUGUUGAGAAGGCUGGUUUUUGACGUGCCUCUACUCAAUGAAUACUGUAAAAUGCCUCUCAAGCUUCUGACAAAUCACUAUGAGCAGUGCUGGAAAUAUUAUUGUCUGCCUUCAGGAAUGGGAAGCUAUGGAAUUGCAGUGGAAGAAGAAUUACAUUUAACUGAAAAACUUUUCUGGGGAAUAUUUGAUUCCUUGUCUCAUAAGAAGUAUGAUCCAGAGCUCUUUCGAAUGGCUUUGCCUUGUCUAAGUGCUAUAGCUGGUGCCUUGCCACCUGAUUAUUUAGAUACACGAAUUAGGUCAACUUUGGAAAAGCAGACUUCACUGGAUCCAGAAGGAAAUUUUGAUCCGAAACCUGUCAGCACAGCAAACCUUGUACUUCCUGAAAAGUUGGAGUAUAUUGUCAGCAGGUAUGCUGAACAUUCGCAUGACAAAUGGGCCUUUGAUAAGACUAAUAGUGGAUGGAAAUAUGGUGUUUCACUGGAUGAAAACAUGAAGACUCACCCAUUAAUAAGACCUUUCAAAACUUUAACUGAAAAGGAAAAGGAAAUUUAUCGUUGGCCUGCCAGAGAAUCACUGAAAACCAUGUUGGCCAUGGGGUGGAGCCUAGAAAGAACCAAGGAAGGAGGAGAAGCAACAAUACAUCAGCGUGAAAAUGAAAAGCUCCGCAGCAUAUCUCAGUCUAGUCAGGGAAAUGGGUAUAGUCCAGCACCACUUGAUCUUUCUAAUGUGGUGCUUUCUAGGGAGAUUCAGGGAAUGGUUGAAGUAAUGGCAGAAAACUAUCAUAAUAUAUGGGCCAAAAAGAAGAAAAUAGAGUUGGAAAGCAAAGGUGGAGGUAGUCAUCCUUUACUGGUACCUUAUGACACAUUGACAGCCAAGGAGAAGUCACGGGACCGUGAAAAGGCACAAGACCUGUUUAAAUUCCUUCAAGUCAAUGGUAUAAUCAUAUCUCGGGGUCUGAAUGAGAUGGAGUUGGAUGCUUCAUCUAUGGAAAAGAGAUUUGCCUUUAAGUUUCUAAAGAAAAUUUUAAAAUACAUUGAUUCUGCUCAAGAGUUUGUUGCGCAUUUGGAAGCCCUUGUAACCAGUGGAAAAACUGAAAAAUCUCCACAUGAGCAAGAAAUAAAAUUUUUUGCCAAAGUUCUUUUACCAUUAGUUGAUCAGUACUUUACAAAUCACUGCCUCUACUUCCUGUCUUCUCCAACAAAAACACUCAGUAGCAGUGGAUAUGCUUCAAAUAAGGAAAAGGAAAUGGUAGCAAGCCUGUUCUGCAAACUAGCUGCUCUUGUUAGACAUAGGAUCUCACUUUUUGGUAGUGAUUCUGCUACAAUGGUGAACUGCCUGCACAUCUUAGCUCAGUCUCUUGACACACGAACUGUUAUGAAAUCAGGAUCUGAGCUUGUUAAAGCUGGAUUGCGUGCCUUUUUUGAAAAUGCAGCUGAAGACCUGGAAAAAACUUCAGAAAAUCUUAAACUUGGAAAAUUUACCCAUUCACGAACUCAAAUCAAGGGUGUUUCACAGAAUAUCAAUUAUACUACAGUAGCAUUGUUACCAAUCUUGACAUCGAUUUUUGAACAUAUUUCACAAUAUCAUUUUGGAAUUGAUUUACUCUUGGGUGAUGUACAAGUUUCAUGUUACAGAAUUCUUUGUAGCCUCUAUUCCCUUGGGACUGGGAAGAACAUCUAUGUUGAAAGGCAGCGUCCUGCACUUGGUGAGUGCUUAGCAUCUCUUGCAGCAGCCAUUCCCGUAGCAUUCCUCGAACCUUCUCUCAACCAUUACAACCCAUUGUCAGUUUUCAACACAAAAAGUGCAAGAGAAAGAGCGAUUUUAGGUAUGCCUGACAGAGUAGAAGAGAUGUGUCCAGAGAUCCCUCAGUUGGAUGGACUAAUAAAAGAAAUUAACAAUUUAGCAGAGUCUGGAGCAAGGUAUACUGAAAUGCCUCAUGUAAUUGAGGUUAUCUUACCCAUGCUAUGCAACUAUUUAUCCUACUGGUGGGAAAGAGGAUCUGAGAGUGUUCCUCAAAGUGCUGGGCCUUGCUGUACAAUGAUAACAUCUGAGCAUCUGAGCAUCGUUCUUGGAAACAUUCUAAAAAUCAUUAACAACAAUCUGGGAAUAGAUGAAGCAUCUUGGAUGAAAAGAAUUGCAGUUUAUGCUCAACCCAUCAUCAGCAAAGCCAGGCCUGAUCUGCUCAAAACUCACUUUAUUCCAACAUUGGAGAAACUGAAGAAGAAAGCUAUAAAGAUUGUGAUGGAAGAGGAGCAACUGAGAGCAGAUAGUAAAGCUGACACCCAAGAAGCUGAGCUACUCAUUCUCGAUGAGUUUGCUGUUCUUUGUAGAGACCUUUAUGCCUUCUAUCCAAUAUUGAUACGUUACGUAGACAACAACAGAUCCAAUUGGCUAAAGAAACCAGAUGCAGAUUCUGAUGAACUCUUUCGAAUGGUAGCUGAAGUUUUUAUCCUGUGGUGUAAAUCACAUAAUUUCAAAAGAGAAGAACAGAAUUUUGUGAUUCAAAAUGAAAUCAACAAUUUGGCAUUUUUAACUGGUGACACCAAGAGCAAGAUGUCUAAAGCCAUGCAAGUAAAGUCUGGAGGACAAGAUCAAGAGAGAAAGAAAUCAAAACGUAGAGGGGAUUUGUACUCCAUACAAACAUCCUUGAUUGUAGCUGCACUUAAAAAGAUGCUUCCUAUUGGUCUGAAUAUGUGUACUCCUGGGGAUCAAGAGCUCAUCUCUUUGGCUAAGACGAGAUACAGCCAUAAGGACACUGAUGAUGAAGUCAAAGAACAUUUACGUAACAACUUACAUUUGCAGGAAAAGUCUGAUGAUCCAGCUGUGAAAUGGCAGUUAAAUCUGUACAAAGACAUUCUGAAGAGUGAUGAACCUACUGACCCCGAGAGAAAUGUGGAGCGUGUGCAGAGGAUAUCAGCUGCUCUCUAUCAUCUGGAACAGGUUGAACAACCACUGAGAUCAAAGAAAGCUGUUUGGCACAAACUCCUGUCAAAACAACGCAAAAGGGCUGUUGUUGCGUGUUUCAGAAUGGCACCGUUAUACAACCUGCCUAGGCACCGUUCUAUUAACCUCUUCCUCCAUGGCUAUCAGAACUAUUGGAUAGAAACAGAGGAAUAUUCAUUUGAGGAGAAACUAGUUCAGGAUUUGGCUACACCUCCAAAAAAAGAUGAAGAGGAAGAGGAAGAGACUGAGAAAAAACAGCCUGAUCCACUUCAUCAGAUUAUCCUCUAUUUCAGUCGCAGUGCUCUCACAGAAAGAAGCAAACUAGAAGAUGAUCCUUUAUAUAUUGCCUAUUCGGCCAUGAUGGCAAAGAGCUGUCAGGAAGAAGAAGAAGAAGAAGAGGAAGAAGAAGAAAAAGAUAAGACAUUUGAGGAGAAAGAAAUGGAAAAACAGCGAACUCUCUAUCAGCAAGCUCGCUUACAUGAUCGUGGAGCUGCUGAGAUGGUCCUUCAGAUGAUUAGUGCAAGCAAAGGUCAUACAGGACCCAUGGUGGUUGAAACACUAAAACUUGGUAUUGCUAUUCUAAAUGGUGGGAAUACCAUAGUUCAACAGAAAAUGCUAGACUACCUGAAGGAGAAAAAGGAUGCUGGAUUUUUUCAAAGUCUCUCUGGCUUGAUGCAGUCCUGCAGCGUUCUUGACUUGAAUGCGUUUGAGAGACAAAAUAAAGCAGAAGGCCUGGGAAUGGUUACUGAAGAAGGAACUCUCAUCGUUCGUGAGCGUGGUGAAAAAGUGUUGCAGCAGGAUGAAUUUACUCGAGAUCUGUUUAGGUUUUUACAGCUGCUAUGUGAAGGGCAUAACAAUGAUUUUCAAAAUUACCUACGUACUCAGAUGGGCAACACCACUACAGUGAAUAUUAUCAUUAGUACAGUUGACUAUCUCUUGCGUCUUCAGGAAUCAAUCAGUGACUUCUAUUGGUACUAUUCAGGAAAGGAUGUCAUUGAUGAAUCAGGACAACGUAACUUUUCUAAAGCUCUGGCUGUCACCAAACAAAUAUUCAAUUCCCUUACAGAAUAUAUACAGGGCCCUUGCAUAGGUAAUCAACAGAGUCUGGCUCAUAGCAGGCUGUGGGAUGCAGUUGUUGGCUUUCUUCAUGUUUUUGCCAAUAUGCAGAUGAAACUUUCACAGGACUCUGCUCAGAUUGAAUUGCUUAAAGAACUGCUAGAUCUGCUAAAGGAUAUGGUAGUGAUGCUCUUGUCACUGCUUGAAGGUAACGUUGUAAAUGGAACUAUUGGAAAACAAAUGGUAGACACACUUGUCGAAUCAUCUAGCAAUGUAGAAAUGAUUUUGAAGUUCUUUGACAUGUUCCUCAAGUUAAAAGAUCUGACUAACUCAGAUGCUUUCAAAGAGCAUGACCCAGAUAGUAAAGGCAUCAUUUCAAAGAAGGAGUUUCAGAAAUCAAUGGAGGCUCAAAAACAAUACAAUAUGUUUAACUACGUUGAUUUUGUGGAAAGAUUCCAUGAACCAGCCAAAGACAUUGGAUUUAACGUAGCAGUAUUGCUAACAAACCUUUCAGAGCACAUGCCUCAUGAUUCACGCCUUCAGAGCUUACUUGAACCUGCGGAGAGUGUUCUUAAUUACUUUGAACCAUACCUUGGCCGUAUUGAAAUAAUGGGUGGAGCCAAGAAAAUAGAAAGAGUUUACUUUGAAAUCAGUGAAUCCAGUCGAAUGCAGUGGGAGAAGCCACAGGUGAAGGAAUCCAAAAGGCAGUUCAUAUUCGAUGUUGUAAAUGAAGGUGGAGAGCAAGAAAAAAUGGAACUCUUUGUCAAUUUCUGUGAAGACACAAUCUUUGAAAUGCAGUUAGCAUCCCAGAUCUCUGAAACGGAUUCAUCUGAGAGGCCUGAGGAAGAGGAAGAGGCAGAGCCUUCUUAUGUAGUGGAUAUUGAAGAUGAUGAGGAAGAGGAAAAGUCCCUGGAAUCUGCUUCAGCUUUUGCAAUGGCCUGUGUUGCAGUGAAGAAGAAUGUUGCCAACUUUUUUAAAAUGGUCACUAUGAAGAACCUAAGGAAACAAUACAGGAAAGUUAAAAAGAUGACAGUAAAAGAGAUGGUGAAAGUGUUUUUCUCCUUUUUCUGGAUCCUAUUUAUAGGGAUAUUCCAACUGUUCUUUACUAUAGUGUGGGGAAUUUUCCAGAUUCUUUGGAACACUGUGUUUGGGGGUGGCCUGGUUGAAGGAGCCAAAAACAUUAAAGUUACUAAACUAUUAGGGGACAUGCCUGACCCAACACAGUUUGGAAUCCAUGAUGAUGUUAUGGAAGCAGAAAAAGCUGAAGGCACUGAGCAUGGUGUCGGAGCUGAACUUGUGCAGUUUGUGAAGGGUGAAAAGGGAGAAACUGACAUCUUCUCGGACAUUUUUGGCAUUCAUACAAAGAAAGAAGGCUCAAAACACGGUCAUGAUGCUGGACUAGGAGAUAUUGCAGAAAUCCUUGGUACUGAUAUCCAGUCGUCUUUGGAAAACACAGUUCGUAAGAAGAAAGGGUUACAGAUAUCUGAAAUUGCAAAAGAAGCUGAAAGAGAAAGAAAAGCAGAAGCUGAGAAGGCAGACAUGGAAGAUGGGGAGAAACAAGAUAAAGCAAAGGAAGUACAAUCCGAGCAGCUAGAAGAGGGAAAAAUGAAGAAAAAGAAGCGAAGGCAUGGACAAAAAAUUGAGAAACCGGAGGCUGUUAUGGCUAACUUCUUCAAAGCUUUGGAAAUUUAUCAAACAAAAAUGCUUCACUACUUGGCAAGAAAUUUUUAUAACUUAAGGUUUCUUGCUCUAUUUGUUGCAUUUGCCAUCAAUUUUAUUCUUCUGUUUUACAAGGUGACAGAAGAGCCACUUGAUGAAGUAGAGGAAGACUCUAAUCUCUGGAACUCUUUCGAUGAAGAGGAAGAGGAGGAGGGCAUGGUGUUUUUUGUUUUAGAAGAAAGUACAGGUUACAUGGCACCUGCUCUCAGAGCAUUGGCAGUUAUUCACACGAUCAUCUCCUUUGUCUGUGUGAUUGGAUACUACUGCUUAAAGGUCCCUCUGGUUGUAUUCAAGAGAGAAAAGGAGGUAGCUAGAAAGCUGGAAUUUGAUGGACUAUACAUAACUGAACAGCCAUCUGAAGAUGAUAUUAAAGGCCAAUGGGAUCGCCUGGUUAUCAAUACUCCGUCCUUUCCUAACAACUACUGGGACAAAUUUGUAAAACGGAAGGUUAUUAACAAGUACGGAGACUUAUAUGGAGCAGAGCGCAUAGCAGAACUUUUGGGUUUGGACAAAAGUGCCCUUGAUUUUAGUCCAAUGGAAGAGAACGAACCAGAAGAGGCGUCUCUUGUAUCAUGGUUAAGCUCCAUUGACACAAAGUACCACAUUUGGAAGCUCGGAGUAGUUUUCACUGAUAAUUCGUUUUUAUACUUAGCUUGGUACACGACUAUGUCCAUCCUUGGGCACUACAACAACUUCUUCUUUGCUGCUCAUCUGCUGGACAUUGCAAUGGGUUUCAAGACAUUGCGAACCAUUUUGUCUUCAGUCACGCACAAUGGCAAACAGCUUGUGCUUACUGUAGGACUCCUCGCCGUAGUAGUAUAUCUUUACACUGUUGUGGCGUUCAACUUCUUCCGCAAAUUCUACAACAAAAGUGAAGAUGAAGAUGAACCAGACAUGAAAUGUGAUGACAUGAUGACGUGUUACCUGUUCCACAUGUAUGUGGGUGUAAGAGCUGGUGGUGGCAUUGGGGAUGAAAUUGAGGAUCCUGCUGGAGACCCUUAUGAAAUGUAUCGAAUUGUCUUUGACAUCACUUUUUUCUUCUUUGUCAUUGUUAUCCUGCUGGCCAUUAUUCAAGGUCUGAUUAUUGAUGCUUUUGGUGAAUUGAGAGACCAGCAAGAACAAGUGAGAGAAGAUAUGGAGACCAAAUGUUUUAUUUGUGGAAUCGGCAAUGACUAUUUUGACACAACCCCACAUGGCUUUGAAACACAUACUUUGCAAGAACACAACUUGGCAAACUAUCUGUUCUUUUUAAUGUAUCUCAUUAACAAGGAUGAAACUGAGCAUACUGGCCAGGAGUCAUUUGUGUGGAAGAUGUACCAAGAAAGAUGUUGGGAUUUUUUCCCAGCAGGGGACUGCUUCCGGAAACAGUACGAGGAUCAACUUGGUUAA